AUGGGAAACCUAAAUUCUAAAUCUCCAAGAAAUAAUUUAGAAUUCGAAGUCUUAGAACAGGAAAUAAUCCCAACGGAUAAUCAAUAUAUUCUAGAUGAGAGUUUUGAUCCUCCAGAAUAUAUAAAACCAGUAGAUAAUUUUGUAAUUUCAAAAUUGGAACACAAAAAAACAAUUUUCCUACUCAAAACCGUAACGGUUAAUCCUUACCCGGCUUGUAAUAAAUUUUCGAUCUGUUUUGAAUACGACACGGCUGAACCCUGCACGGUUAUUUUUAAAUUCGGACAAAAACAUAUGGGAUUAAAUAAUGGCAUUCCAAGGUAUUUUAUAAACAUAAAUGUUAUAAAUUUUAGUUUUUCUAAACCAAAUCGCAUUAGCAAGGAAUUUAAUUUGGAAGUCGGAACUAAUAAGAAGUUUGAAUUAAAAUAUUCGUAUUUGCUCCGACUACGUAAUGUUACCUUGGAAACCGCCUCCUUUACAACUGAGCGUAAAUUUGUGCCGAUUCUGAUCGUAAUUAAUUCGUUGAAUAACGACUUUACCUAUUUUGCAAUGUGCGGCUUAAAGAAAGACUUAAACGGGAAGUGGCAUAUUUAUGUAACCAAGAGAAGGAUUAAGGUUGGAUCGUGCGGCUAUUUGGUUCAGGAAGUAUAUGGAUUGAACGAGUCGGAAUAUGGAAUCAAGAAAGAUCAAAAGGAUGAACGGAUUAGAAAUUGUGCAAUUUGUCUAGAAACGCCUUCAAACACUAUUCUGCUUCCCUGUAGUCACAUAUGUCUCUGUUCUGAUUGUUCCAAAACAGUUUCAAUCCAGUUUGGAGCAUGCCCUAUGUGCAGAAGCGUCGUGAACCAGAUUCUACACAUUAACCAACAAAGUUGA